AUGGGCAGGCGGCUCUUCGAGCACUUCGGGCCCAUCCGGAGCCAGAAGCUCUGCAGCGGCUACGGCUUCGUGGAGUUCGAGAUGAAGGAGUCCUCCCAGAUGGCGAUCCAGUCGCUGCACGGCACGCAGCUCCGAGAUCGGGUGCUGCAAGUGAAAGUUGCCGCCAACUCCAACUACUCCACGCGCCCGGUGAGGCUGCAGGUCUGCGGGCUCAUGGGCGCUAGCGAGGCGGAGGUGCGAAGACUCUUCGCGCGCUUCGAUGUGUCCGCCGUGAGCGUCAGCUCCACCGGGGGCGCCUUUGUGAACGUCGCCUCCCCGUCCGCAGCCCAGGAGGCCGUGCGGGUGCUGGACGGCUGCGAUUGGCACGGCUCCAAGCUCCAGGUGAAGUUUCGCAGCUCCGUCAGCGGGGCGCCCUGA